UUCGCGGCAGAGCAAACAUGCGCAUGCGCGUUUUCAGCGCGCGGACUCAGAGGCGUGACGUCAAACAGUGCGCGAUCAGCGGUGGCGGGAGAUUUUCGAGUGUUUUGUCGAGUUAGUGUUUAGAAGAAACACAUUCGGGAGUAAAAUGUGGAACCAAGGUAAAUAUGGUGAGGCCAGUAUGGGUGGAUAUACACAGUCUCCAGGAGGAUUUGGAUCACCAGCCGCCUCACAAGGAGGAGAGAAGAAAGGGAGGACACGAGCACAGCAGAUCGUUCCCUGCACGGUUUCCCAGCUGAUGUCUGCAGUGCAGGCGGAGGACGUCUUUAAAGUGGGAGAGGUAGAGAUCGCACAGGUAACUAUUGUUGGUGUUAUCAGAAGCACUGAUAAAUCCACAAUCAACAUCCAGUACAAGGUGGAUGACAUGACUGCAGCUCCCAUGGAUGUCAAGCAGUGGAUAGACACAGAGGACAUGGGUGUGGAUAACUCAGUCAUUCCUCCAGGGUCUUACGUCAAAGUCUCCGGCAACCUUCGCUCUUUUCAGAAUAACAGGUCGUUGGUUGCGUUCAGCGUACGAGUGCUGGAAGACAUGAAUGAAGUCACUUCACACAUGCUUGAAGUUGUGAACGCUCACAUGCAGCAGAGCAAGCCACAGAACAUGAUGGGAGGGGGCGGAGGGAUGAACACGAUGCCUGUGUCUCAUACUAGCAUGGGUAGCAUGGGGUCCGCAGGAAGCUAUUCUGGUGCUAGUAUGCUAGUCAAUGGUUUGAGUGCCAACCAGAACCAGGUUUUGGGUCUGAUCAAGAGUUGUCAUGAGCCUCAAGGCAUCAGCAUGCAAGACCUCAAGCAGAAGCUUAAUAGCAUGAGCGUCAAUGUUAUCAGGCAAAUUGUGGACUUUCUCAGCAACGAGGGACACAUUUUCUCCACCAUUGAUGAGGACCACUUCAGAUCAACAGACAAUGAAGUCUAAUUACGUUUUUGUCACAUUGUUAUCUGACCCCAAUAAGCCCAUUUCUUAUCUUUGGUAGUUUUCGAGGAAAACGAAACAAAAUAAAACAAACAAAAAAAUGAAA